GGUUAUUUCCGUGACAAUCCGGUAAUUUGCGAGUGAAAAACAAAAAUGGCCGCCUCUUGGAUUGAGAAAGUUGGCGAAGUGUAAAGAUGACUUCAUAUUCAAGUAUUGAGCAAGUUGGGCUACUACCAGCAGAGAAUGGCCAGACGCAGAGUGGAUAUUAACACAGCAACAGUCAGCGAGCUCGAGACACUAGUGGGUGUUGGCACACGCAAAGCUGAAGCCAUUGUCAAGCACAGAAAGGAGUUAGGAGCUUUUGAAAACAUCGGUGCCUUAAACCAGGUAGCUGGUAUCGGCAGCAGCAUUGUAGAUCAAAACAAAAGAAGACUAUCCUGUCGACCUUUGACUUCCACGACCAAAUCUCGGAACUCUGGGGAAAACAGUGGUUCCAGUCGUCAGAGCAGACUGACGCGACGCUUGUCUCGACUGUUCGUCACAGUGGAGCGGAGGGAGGAAGACGCAACAGCCCCUACAACUAGCAAUACACGCCAGUCCAGAGGGAAUGAUGCACGAUUGAAAGAACAGCUGAAGGUUGAAACUCCUGAAAUAUCCAGUUCUGAUGAUGCAAAUCCUGACUCGCAGGGUGACACUGACACGCCAUGGGACUGCGUGGAAGACAACAUGGAACUGGCAUCACAGGAAGAAAACUCUGAGCAUGUGAGGCCUGACAACGACCAUGAUGAUGACAGCAGCAGUAGCGAGGAGGAGGACGAGGAGCGGGACAGUGAGGACAACCGGGAUGAGGAGGACAGUGAGGAUGAGGAUGGGGAAGACUGCCAGCAGGUGCACUCAGACUGUCACUGUCGCCAUCGGCUGACAGAGACCACAGGCUGCUGCUGUAAACACACUGUGAAGAAGAGGAAACCAGGCAGUAGUAAGGAUGAUGGUGCCUCACCCAGUAAGAAGUUCUGUGGCAUUGGAGAUGGACACAGUGCAUUCACCAGUUGGAAGUUGUCCACACGUCCAACUGUAGCCAUCUCCAGACAGAGAAUCCCCUCCAAGGAGAACCCCCCUCCCAAGCUGGCAGAGUGGCUGCAGACAUUCCAGGCAUGGAGCAAUGCAGAGCGGCUGAUGGCUGUGGAUGAGCUGAUAGCCAUCUGUGAGCCAACUCAGGUGCGCCACAUGAUGCAGGUCAUUGAGCCCCAGUUUCAGAGGGACUUCAUAUCACUACUGCCAAAAGAGCUGGCUCUGUAUGUAUUAUCGUUCCUUGAGCCAAAGGAUCUACUGAGAGCUGCUCAAACCUGUCGGUACUGGCGGAUCCUGGCAGAGGACAACCUCCUGUGGCGAGAGAAGUGUCGGGAAGAGUCUGUGGAUGAGAGUCUGGUUUAUGGCAGUCACAAGUUCAAGAAGCCAAGAGCACAUCGUAGUCCAUGGAAGGCUCUCUAUAUGAGGCAGUAUCAAAUCGAACAAAAUUGGCGCACCGGUGCUAUAAGACCUCCAAAGGUAUUGAAAGGCCAUGAUGAUCAUGUGAUCACUUGCCUUGAAUUCUGCGGAACUCGUAUUGUCAGCGGCUCAGACGACAACACACUCAAAGUAUGGUCUGCUAUAUCUGGCAAGUGCCUGCGUACACUAGUGGGUCAUACUGGAGGGGUGUGGUCAUCCCAGAUGUCCGGUCUGACCGUCAUAAGCGGCUCAACUGACCGUACGCUCAAGGUGUGGAAUGCUGAGACGGGUGUGUGUAAACACACGCUCUAUGGUCAUACGUCCACUGUCAGGUGCAUGAGUCUGUGUGGGAGCAAAGUUGUGAGUGGUUCUCGUGAUGCAACUCUCCGCGUGUGGGACAUCGAGUCUGGCCAGUGUCUGCAUGUGCUGAUGGGCCAUGUUGCAGCUGUCAGGUGCGUCCAGUAUGAUGGCCGCCGAGUGGUCAGCGGGGCGUACGAUUACACCGUCCGUGUGUGGGACCCAGAGACAGAGUCCUGCUUACACACUCUACAGGGACACACGAACAGAGUCUACUCUCUACAGUUUGACGGCGUCCAUGUAGUGAGCGGAUCGCUGGAUACGUCCAUCAGAGUGUGGGACGUAGAGACGGGCAACUGUCUACACACCCUCAUCGGUCACCAAUCACUGACCAGUGGUCUAGAGCUGAAGGACAACAUACUGGUGUCGGGCAACGCAGACUCUACGGUCAAGGUCUGGGACAUCACCACUGGCCAGUGCUUGCAGACACUACAAGGGCCAAACAAACAUCAAAGUGCUGUAACCUGUCUCCAGUUCAAUAAGAAAUUUGUGAUAACUUCCUCUGACGAUGGGACAGUUAAAAUCUGGGACUUAAAACAUGGCGACUUUCUCCGGAACCUUGUAGCCCUCGACAGUGGUGGCAGUGGGGGAGUAGUUUGGCGACUUCGCUGCAACAACACAAAACUUGUUUGUGCUGUAGGCAGUCGCAAUGGCACAGAGGAGACUAAACUGCUUGUGUUGGACUUUGAUGUCGAGGACAAGAAAUUACCCUGUGUUACAUGAGACCAAAUACACUCUAACUUGUGAAGUGGGUGAAGCUACUGUUCAAUGGUUUGGAAAGCACACAUGAAAAUAUUGGAUCCUUGUGUCACAACAGAGAGUUGGCAACGGAACUGGGGAUCUUCACCGGCACCUUGGUGCGUUUCCAGAACAGAUAGCCAUUUGCUUGGAGACUUGUUUGACUUUAUGAACACAUGAUUUUAUGACUAUUUCUAUGGAUUGUCGGAUUGUCAUUGGUGCUUAUAUGAUCGUCUCAAGGUGAUAAGAUCUAAAAGUGGAAUGAACACAAAUUAACAUUUUGUGAAUUUCGUUUCUUUUGUAUGGUUGAGUCUGUGUUAUCAGAGUUAUUUCAUCACCAGUCACUGGUAUCUAGGAACAGUUUGCAGCCGGUUUUCAAGUCCUGUACAUGACCUUGACUCUCCAGAAGAGCAUGUAAUUACCUCGCCUCAGGAGUACAGGCGUAAUUGUAAAUAUGUGUAUGUAUGCAUCAAAUCUGAGAAAUGGCAAGACUGAAUGUCAGCAUGUUAGGUGCUGCACAGUUUAUAUACAUAGAAGCAUUGGACUUAACAGGUGGCUGAUGUCAAGUCAUAGAUAGUCACUGGUAAGUCACACCCCUAUAGACAUGGGAACAUUACAAUCAAAGGCCACUUUGUGCAUAUACACUGAGAUAGGCUAGCUGAGGGACACUAUAGACCUGGGCGACUGAGGAACACUAUAGACCGGGGCUACUGAGACACAAUAGUCCUGGGUUACUGAGGAAAACAAUAGUCCUUGGCUACUGAAGAACGCCAUAGUCCUGGGCUACUGAGACAAUAGUUCUGGGCUACUGAAGAACACUAUUGUCCUGGGCUACUGAGGAACAUUAUAGACCUGGGCUACUGAGGAACACUAUAGUCCUGGGCUACUGAGGAGAACAUUAUAGACCUGGGCUACUGAGGAACACUAUAGUCCUGGGCUAUUGAGGAACAUUAUAGUCCUGGGCUACUGAGGAACAUUAUAGACCUGGGUUACUGAAGAACACUAUAGUCCUUGGCUACUGAGGAACAUUAUAGUCCUGGGCUACUGAGGAACAUCAUAGACCUGGGUUACUGAGGAAAACGAUAGUCCUGGGCUACUGGAGGAGCACUAUAGUCCUGAGAAACACUAUAGACCAAGGUGACGUUGUACAAAGCAAUCGUAACACCCAUAUCUUAACAUAGACUUACGACAGUCAUAUAACACUAAGGUUGUUUUGUACAACGGCACCCUGGGCUACUGAGGAUCACUAUAGACCUGAGCUAAUGAAGAGUCAUGUUGCCAUCAUUGAUGAAAAUCAAAUUUAUUGGUUAAUAUGGUUAUGUUAUGGCAUGGCAGGGAUUAAUCAGGAAAAAGGUGAAACAGCAAUCAAUAAUCAGCAGCAUGCUAAUGUUGACCUUUUCAAAAAGUACAUGAAUAAUUAACACAAACAAGCUCAAAAUUAAUACUUUACCUGUCCGGUAUUUACUUUUUGUGAGGAUUUUUUAUGUGAAAUCAUGACAAGAAUGGGCAUAUCUAAUUUGAGCAACUUGCUGAACAGCAGUUGAUUGAAAAAAUAUUUAUUAGUCCAAGCCAAGCUAACAUUAGCAGUUCACAGGAAAAUAUCAGAAGAUUGUGACCGCCUUGAUAACACUUUGUGUCAACUUAGUCGGACCUGCCAGUUGAAGUGUACAUACAUACAGUGUAUAAUCUGAUGUUGGCAAGAGUUGCUGGUAUGAUAUGCUGACAUAUUUUCAGGGAUGGGAUGUCAUUCAGAAGUAAUAUUUCAGUAUUAUUGUCAUCAUUAUAGUCAAUGUCAUACUUUAACAACUGAUAUUGAAGGGUACGGAUAUUUCAGGUGCCCACAGUAUGACUGAUUGCACAGUAGUGAUGUUGCAUACAACAGUCAGGAAACACUUGCCAUGUCAAAGAAGAUGGGACAAUUGUUCACUCAGCUUUUCCAUGAUGUGAAAGAAGCAGAAAGCAUUGUUUUAAUGUCACGAUUCCAGAAAUAACAAGCAUUUCAUGCUGAGUGUAGGUAAAAAUAACACAUCUCCCAAAACUAUGUGUCCUAUUUGUAUGAAAAUAUAUGCAAUUAUGAGAGAAAUGGAUCACACACCUGAUCCAAGAUUAUGUUUGGCAAAACAAUUCACAUCUAGGCUAAGUUGGAAUUAGUAUUCACACAUAUUGAAUGAUUGCUUCCUUGGAUGUUGUUUACAGUCAGAGUUGUGUGAGGUGCCUACCUCAUGAUUCAAUACAUGUCGCAAUACUUGAGUCCUGAUACUUUAUUUGCUCAGUUUUUGCAUGAAAUUCUCCAUGUUCAGUAUGGUCCCCUGAACUGAGGUUUGUCACAUGACAGGUAAAUUCAGGCUUGUCCUGAUAGCAGUAUAGUAUUAGUAUUACAGUCUGAUUAAGCAUUUGGUUUCAUUUUCAGCAGGAAAAUAAUGCUAGCAUGAGAAGUUACCAGGCUAGGUUUAUGUAAAACUUUGUAAAUGUGACUUGUAAAAUGCAAUACUGAAUUUAACAAGGACUCGAUCCAUGGGUGGGUGUAUUGUGUAUUGUAUCACCAGAUCUAGAUUUGUGAUGCAUCCAUACAUUGGUGAAUGGGGAAGCCCUUUCUGUGGUGUGUUUGAAACUAAACUUUUUCUAAUGACAUCCCAUGCGAGAAGGAAGUGGUGCAGUGUGCGUUUAUGGAGCUUGAGUGAUUGUGAGUCUAGUAGUCUCUCAGCUGAUACUAUGUAAAUAAUUGAUGUAUUCAUCAGCUAGGGUCUCUCGUAUGGUGCCUAUGCACUGUGGACCGAUGGGUGUAUGGACAGUAAGUGCUACCGAUGAGUCAAAACAGGCUUCUUAAUAAUAGACCUUGUACAUUUUGGUAAGACAAUACUUUCAAGUUUUCUCUUGUUCAUGAUUUCUCAUGAACAUAGUGUCAGCAACUAAGAAUGGCAUGAUAGCUUACAUCUUUCAAUGCAUAAACAUUUAUGUGAAAAUGUAUUUCAGUGUAUGGAAAUUAAGUUAUUACAAAUGUUUAAAAAUUCAUUCAAAUUUUUUUAUGGUAUAAUUUUUGUUAAAACUCAUCAUUUUGCAGUCUGCCAAACCAUAAAGUGAGAACAAAAGAAAAUUGUUUAGAUUGGAGACGGAUUGCCAUGGGCAACAAAGUGUUUGUAUGGUAUUUUUAUCAAUCAGCUUGCAGUGCUAUGAAUACAGGAAUGAUAUGAUUUGGGUGAAAUGAAUUUGUUGUAAUUUAAGUCAGGACUGGACAUGGUGCCAAGUGCACAUUUUAACAUGUUGAAAAAUAGAUCUGAUUUAGGUGGUUUGCAAACGGACGUCUGGAGGCAUAUGUUAAAAGUUCUCAACAAACCCUCUUCUUGGGUCUAGCCAUAUAAAGGACGGGGGCUGUUCCAGCGGUAAACGAAGACUCAACUGCUGAAUAUGAAAGGAUAACCUGAUGACAUCAUCUCAGGUUUCACAAAAAUUGUUUUCUGUCCAUCUCUCUGUCCAGUUCCUAAAGGAGACAGCUACUAUUCUAAUAUGUGAAGUUAUGUGGUGAAGUUGUCACACAAUGUUUUUAUAACUCUUGUAAUGUCUCUUUUAUUAUAAGAAAACUAGGUUUUUACUGGACGGUAAUAUCCUUCUCGUUUUCUUUCCAUUUUAAUCGUCAUUGAUGCCAAAAUAGUGAUGUAAAUGAAACAUUUAUCUUGUUUCAAAUUUUUCAUCAUGAAGGUAUUCUGCUACAAGGUCAAGGUUGAAGUCAAUUAUGCAGUCACUUGUAAUUAUCUCCCCUUUUUGUUCUCUGUUUUGUUUAACUGUAGUACUAUACUUGUUGUGCUCUGCAUUUCUGAGGGAAGAUUUCAAUUCAGAGGAUUUCAAAAAGGGAACCAAUUCAGGAACCAAAAAAAUUUCUUGAGCAAUAUUCUGACGUGCAGUGCACAAUAAGGUGAGGUCAAUUGUUGAAAAACAUUCAGUAUAUUUUUCUUGAAUAUGCCUUUUAAACAAGGUUCUCAUUUUCUGGAGAAAACCCCCAAAAUACUCACGUGGUAGAAGCAUUUUGAUUUGGUUUUUGAUUGAAGAUUGUUUACUUUCUUGAAUUUUAAAGAUGGCCCUUCUGUUUAACGAGACACCUAUUGGUUAGGCCUAAUCGUUUUCACUUCAGUUUUUUGUGGUAAGAUUGUUGAUACAAUUUUUGUUUUUUAUUUAUUUACAUGAAUAAGUUUUAGAUUAUGAGACUAAUAUUAAUCAAUACAAACAGCUCUCUGACACAAGUAUUCUACCCUUGACAGUGUCAUGUUAUUGCAGUGCAACAAAAACAAUUUUUGUUUAGAUUAUUUCAGUACCAAAAUAUAUUAGAAUGGACCUUUCAAUCCAAAAAGGCAGCAUUACAAAAUGGUGCUAGUCCUGUAGUCCUUGCCAAACUGCCCAAUAGUUAAGGUGUCAUAAGGACUUGUAGAAAUUUGCCCUUUUUAAAGGCUUUGCUAUAUGUAUCAUUAUAAGGACUAGUGGACUAAAACUGUUAGUUUCUGUCGCUGAAAGAUGGUUAUUUUUUUGUUUUGUGAGAUGUAUAUGAGCAUGUACAAUUAUCAUCGUUACUGCAAGUGUUUGUAUACAGUAUGUUAUUUCAUUGUCUGUGAAUACAUACAACUGCUUAGUGAAGCAUAUCUCUUUAGUCACUAAAAUAAGUAGUAUGUAAUUACAUGUGAUGGACUGAUGUGGAGUAUUCAAACCCAGGAAGUGACAAUGGAGACACCUGAAAGGCUAAGACAGCAUGCAAAGGAAAAUGCCCUACAUAAUCAACCUGCGACCCAAACUUGUGAAUCUACUAGCCAGAACUUGACUCAGCAUCAUUUUCAGUAGAUGUUGCUGCUAAUAACGGUUAAUCUAUCAACUGAGCCUCCCAGACUGAAUUAGUUUUUACUGGAUUUGGACUACUUGAUUAAGUCACAGACUUAACAGAACUUGGCAAGACUAAAGGAAUGAAUACUGAACACCAUGAUGUAUUUUAUUAGGGUUUUACUUCACAUAGAAAUCUGCAUCAAGUACACACAAAUGUAUAGAAUGGAUGUCCAAAAAUAUAUAAAGUGCAUUCCGAGGGACGCACUAUAAUAUUCAGUGUACCAAAUUCUUGACAAGAAUUAUAAAGUUCCUGUAAUUAAAGAAUUGAUUAAGUCUUACAGUACAGUUAACCAUUUCAAUACUUUACAGGACCUUCAUAUUUCCUGUGAGGACCCUUGAAAUUACUAAUUGAGGGUCCUCUGGACCCCUAGUUUUGAAAGUCGAGGUAAAACCCUGUAUUUUGAUACUAGAAAAUAAAGAAAAAGUCAUAAAAUACAUGUUGUGGAUUAGAUUUUAUAACUAAAGAAUAUGGGUUGAUCAGACAUUUUCUUUCACAUGGAAUUUUCUUCAACCAAAAAUAUGAGAAAAAUGUUUUGACAGUAACUUGAGUAACCCUGUCUAAUGGGAAAUCUGGAGCACAACAUUAGUCCCUUUUUACUGUUCCUGUUUCUUUUCCCAUCUCUGCAUCUAUUGAAGUGGAAGGUAUUUGUAAAAAUACAUGUUGAACAAGUUGUCAGACAAAUAUGAUACUUCUGCACAUCUUUUAGAGAGGAGUAAGAAUGAUUUUUGUGUUUAGGGCUUUUGUUUUUGUUGUUGUUAAACAUAAUAUGUAAAUAAGAAAAGGUAAUUUAUGUGAAAAAAAUUGUCCUUGGACCAUUUGCAAAAGGAAUUAAUUAGUGCUUUGAAUACAUGAACAGAACUUGGGAUACUCAUGGAACUAAUUGUGUCUAGUGCAAAUGGGCUUAAUUGUUUUUGUGCUCAUUGUGAAAUCAUUAUUGUAAAUGAAAAAGGUGUUUUAUAUAUGACGAAGAAAUUUAACACCACCAUUAUUGUGAAGGUUAAUGCCAGACUCAACAAAUGCUGUAAUGUCUUUGCUGUUGAACUAUUUCAAGGGUUGAUUUGGCCUGGUGCUUGAAGCAAAUCAGGUGUGGCCAGAUCAAAUUAUUUUCUUGUUUUACACACUUAUUUCAGGUAAAUAUGUCAAUAUGCAUUUCUGAAACAAUAUCUUGACAAUAAAACAAACGAAAUUAUGUUUUGUACUCUAACUUAGGACAGGAAAUCUGUCCAAACUAUAAAAGAUAUGAUCUGGCCCAAAUGUAAGUUUUUAAUUUAUUUUCUUUGAUGAUAUUUUUCGCGUUGUGGUUUUUUUUCUUUUUGACAGGAAUUAUUUAAUGACUAACUCAUCAGCUAUCAGUAACUAGGAAAUACUUACAUAAGGAUUUAUGUGAAUGGUGAUUUCUUCUUGGUGGAACAAGGGGUUUCUGUUAAAACUACUGACAAGAGUGGGGAGAAAAGUAAGAGUAUUGUAAUUCUAGAAUAAGUUUGCUUCAGAGGACUUAGAGAAUGAAGUGCAGCUGAUAUUAUGUGUGAUACUACUUCUACUGCAGGUGUAGGUGGUCUGAUGUUCUGUUUGUGUUGAAGCUGUUUUAUGACUGUUUUGGGAAGGAUGCCGAUGUGAGUGAUACACCGUUACAUACAACUGGUCUUGUCGAAGGUGGAAUCAUAAAAUUUCAUAUGGUAAAUAAACCAAAGUAUGAAAAUAAAA